GCAAUAUCUUCUUCGCAUCAUUUUCGGUUGCAAUUGUGUGUUGUAGCAGGACUUGCAACUCCCGACAAUACGUAUCAUCGCAUCUCUUGUGUACAUUUAUAGACUCCUUCGAUAUGACAAUCCCCGUAGUCGUUUCGGUCCCGGACGGAGGAGGAUCCAGCGAAAUAUCGACAACACCUAAACCAACUGCAACAACAAAAGUCCCAGAAGCCCUGUCGUUUACCACAAUCACAUCGCUUCCAACCGAUAUAUCUUUCGACUUUGAGCCCUUCUUAGUAUCCGAACUGAAUUUGGAUAUUACCCGCGAUCGUUCGUCCGCUCAAUCAGAUGUCUGCAAGUUCUACCUCAAAGGUUAUUGUCAUAAGGGAGCUGGCUGCCAAUUCCGACAUGCGCGAAACGACAAGACGGUUGUUUGCAAGCAUUGGCUGAGAGGACUAUGCAAGAAGGGAGAGCUGUGCGAGUUCUUGCACGAAUAUAAUCUGAAAAAAAUGCCAGAAUGCUGGUUUUACGCGAAAUAUGGAGAGUGCUCCAAUCCAGAGUGUAUGUACCUCCAUGUCGAUCCUGAAUCAAAGAUCAAAGAUUGCGCAUGGUAUGCUCGCGGGUUUUGCAAACUAGGCCCUGAAUGCCGAUACAAGCACGUACGGAAAGCCAUUUGUCAGAACUAUGUUACUGGCUUCUGUCCAAAAGGCCCUGAAUGUUCCUUAGGACACCCGAAGUUCGAUCCGCCUUCACAAAACCCUGUAGGUUCCGUUGGCCAGUUGGAUGUAAUGCAGGGCAACAUGAUGGAUGGACGAAGACCAUUCCGACCACUAGAAGAGGUGACCUGCUUUAGAUGCGGGGAGAAGGGUCAUUAUGCCAACCAUUGUCCGAAGCGAAGACGUUUCAAUAACGAUAGUCAGCCUGAGUUUUCUGUUGGACGCCCAAUUCCGACUGUGUCAUAGCGUGUUUGUAUAUUAUGACACUGUCGUGGGCAAUGGCAUGAGUGCGUUGACGAUAAAAAGUCUGGUUGUAUCAUAGUGUGGAAACUUUUAAUGUUACCAACAUACACAAACCAAAUCCGUAUUUAAAUACGUCGAUCACCGCUGCCCUACCCCAUCCUGCAAUUUUCGAUGGAGCCGAGACGAUAGAAAAUCAAACUGUCCAUAGAUUGCUGGGGCAUAACGAUGUGAACGACACAGAGCAGAAAGAUACAUGAUCGUAGCUACUUGUAGGAAGACUGAGUGCUGCAACAUAUUUAUAGCAUUGUGCAUUCUGGAUUCAAGACUGGACAUGUGGCCAGUGUAGCGAGCCCACUAGGGCGUUCGGACAUUUGAUGCGCUUGGUAGUGUCACUGCAUUUGCUCCGGUCUGCACGCCAUGUAUAUACAUAUAAAACAAGAAAGAUACAAUAAACCCACUAGCUAGUCUCCCGUU